AUGAGUAUAUAACUCUUUGCUUUAAGUAGUUUUUUGUUUUAAUUUUAUUAAGUUUAUAUGCAAAAAAAAAAUAAUUAAUUAAUACUGUCACCCAGUGGAUUGGGAAGCAAUAUCAAGCCUGGAUUAUUUUCAAAGCAUUGUGAAUUAAACAAAUUGAAUAAACAAAAAAGUUUUAAGAUCGAGGAGACACUUACUCCAAAACUCUUCGAAACAAAAGAAUCAAGCUUUGCUCCUCAACCGAAAUUAUAAAAAAGUCAAAGUGCAUCUCGUUUACUUUUGCCUAAAGAAUAGAAAUAGGAAAGAGCAGAUAGAUAAGAAAUAUAAAAAAUACCAUCUAUUAAGUAGGAUUAAAUUACUGAACUUUCAUAAAAAUUGUAUAGAGAACUUAUAGAAUUUAAUGAAUAGGCAGAUUUUGGAGGGUAGAAUGAAAUUUAGUAAUGGAGUGAAGAGAUGAUCAAAAAAUUGUAAAUCAUUAAAAAUAGUUUGGAAUAAUCUGACGUUUUUGACAAUCAAGAUAAUGUGACUGAAGUUUAACAGUAAUUAUUAUGA